AUGGUCUUUCUCAAACUCAUAUUUCAAACAACCAUAGCUAUCAUUUUUAUGAGUUGUCCAAUAUCAAUAAGCUCAUAUUACUUAUAUGAUCAAAUAUCAACAGACAAAUAAUAAGUAAAACAUAGCAAUAAAUGUAGACAGCUUAUGUAAAAGUACCUUUGACUUAUUUUAUAUUGUUUCAUUUAGGGGUGAUUUAUAUUUGGGUUACUUUAAUAUGGCAUGCUUAUUUAGGAACUGGAGAUAAUUUAAGAAACUUGCUUAUCAAUAUCUGGUAAAAUCAUUACAAAGUCUCAUACCCCAUUAUUCUAUUUAAUGAAGUACUAUAUUUUAUAUAAUUCAACUAGAUUUUUAGUUUUGUUAUUGCUCUAUAUGGAUUCUUUGAUACACCCUUAUAAAUAUACACAGCCAACUAAUUAUUGUAUUAUGCAUUUGCUUUUUUUGUUUGCAAUCAUGUUUAUUCUUACUAUUCAAGAAAUAUCAUCAGAAGAAAUGAUAUACAUUAACUCCCUUAUUGUGAUAAAAGGUUAUUUCAAUCAUAUGAAUACAUCUUUUAUAUUUAAACACUGAUUAUAUUUGUUAGUAAAUUAUCAUAUUUUAAACUUUAGGCUUUUAUUAUUCUAUCAAAUUUGAUAAUUUAGAAAAGGAAAUUAAACCUUUUAUAAAGUUCCUCAUUAAUUAGUUAAUGUUUCAUGUCUUUGAGAUUACCAAGAUUUAUUUUGUAAUAAACCUAUUUGUAUUGAUUUAAUUCCUUUAAGUUAUAAUAGAUGGUAUCUAAUUAAUUAUUGAUUAUGAAUAAAUUUCAUACUUAAUUGCUGGCUUAACAUUAGCAAGUAUAAUAAUAGCUUUUAUCUAUAAUCUUCAUAUAUUAGUAAAUAUAUACAUAUUAUCGAGGGCCAAUAUUAUUUGUAAUUAAGGAAUUGUAGAGAUGGAAGGUUUUUUAAUGAUAACCCUUAAGUUUAAGUAACAAAUUUGAGAGAAGAAGAUUUGGAAAAAAUAGAAAUUAAAUCCUUUAAUUCCUAAUUAGAAGUCUAAUAAAAAAGGAACUAAGCUAUAGAUUUAGCCCAAUUAGAAGAAUAAAAUAAUAAUACAAUAUAAUGUCCCAUUUGCGGUGAUGAUAUACAAAAAAGAUAGAAAAUUAUAUUAUUAGAAUGUUAACAUAUGUUUCAUUCAGAAUGUUUAAUUAGAUGGCUUAAAAUUAAGAAUUCUUGCCCUUACUGUAGAAGAUCAGCAAUAAAAUGUUAAUAAUGA